UCAUUCAUUCCACAAAGACAGACAUUACAAUGGAACCACCCACAAAGCGCCGAUUCAUCAUCAAAUUUUCUUAUGAGAGAGAUGAUAACGAGAAGAAGAAACCCAUUGUAACUUCUUAUUGGGUUGAUUCUACUUCUACUACCAAUAAAGUCUCAACAACAAUAAAGUCUCAAGAAGAAAGUGUGAAAGAUGUUGUUGUUGAUUCUACUUCUGCUGCUGCUCCUCCUCAUCAUCAUAAGGUUUCUUCUACAACCACAAAACCAAUGGAACAUUACAAAAGGAUGCAAUGUUGGGUUAUUGUGAAGAGAAUGGUUGAAGGGAAAGAUGGUUGGGCAUUGAAAGAAUCUCUUGAUCUCAAAUAUUUGAAGGGUUUGGAGAAGAACAAAUCAAAGGUACAAAAGACAAUUGGAUUGAAAGAUAUUGAAGCAAAGUUGAAAUCAUAUUCAACUCCAGAUGAAUUUGCAAAGGAUAUGAGGUUUGUUUUCUCUCAAGGAUUGCUUUACCAUCCAAGGCAUAUUGUUCACAGAAUUGCAGUAAAAUUUAGUGAAACAUGGCAAUUGGUUUGAAAGAUAUUGAAUCACGUUGAAAUCAUCAUAUUCAACAUGAGAUGAUUUUUCAAGGAUAUGAGGUUGGUUUUCUCACGUGGAUUGAUUUACCAUCCAAAUGAUAUUGUUCAUAAAAUUGCAAUGAAAUUUAGUGAAACUUUUGAGACCAAAUGAAAAAUUUUAAACGAAGAAUGGACACUUGAAGAAAGAAAAUUGGAAAGGAUUCGAAAGAGGAAGGGAACAAGUUUAUGAUAAUGAAAAUGAAAGGUCUCAAUUUCCACCAUAAAAGCUCACA